AUGUCUACGUGUCUAUUUGAUUCAUUUCCAGUCGAAUUAGUUCAUAAUAUUUUUCAUUAUCUAUGGGCACAUGAAAUAUUCUAUGGAUUUGCUCGAUUAAGUUCAUAUAUAGACAACGUGCUUGUUGGCUAUGAUCGGUAUUCGAUCAGUUUAUCAUCUAUGCUUAAACAUCAAUUUGAUCUUAUGUGUCUUCAUACUCGACCAGAACAAGUUAUCUCUAUAACACUUGUUGAAAAUAAUGAUACACCAAAUCAAUCAGAAAUGUUUUUUUCAAAAUUUGAUAUUCUACAAUUUAUUAAUCUUCGGUCAUUUUCAAUUAUUUCAUCGAAUCAGAGUAUUUUUAGACAAUUGAAUCUUUUAUGUCGACUUAAUAAUUUUCAAUCGUUAACUUUACCACACAUUUCAGACACGUAUUGGUGUCUUUUCGGAUCUAGUGUAGAAACAACACUACCUCGAUUGAAACAAUUGAUUACACGUGACUACCCAUUAAUGGAACCGCUGAACAAUAUGAAAUAUUUAACAAUCACACAUUGUUAUUGUCAUAAUUUGGAAUAUUUAUUGAGUCAAAUGACCAAUUUAUAUUCUUUGAAUAUCACUUUAUCUCUCAAUAUGUCUACUCACUGGUCUCGGAAAGUACCAAUGAUGAAUCAUUUAAGACAAUUGACACUUUGCAUUCAAUACGGCCGAUUGACGAUGGAGAAAAUGCAUAAAUUUUUAUUGAAAAUGCCUUGUCUAAUGCAUUUCGAGCUUCGUAUAGACGAUCCAAUGGAUUUUGUUGUUGGUGAUCAAUGGAAAGUUUGGUCUCAAAGUUCAGAGAUUGAUAUCGAAGAGGCUAAGGAUAUAAUCGAUGGAAAUCAAUGGAAAUAUUUAGUAUCACAUCUUCAAACAUUUGAUUUUCAUUUUUGUCUCGCUGAUAGAUUGAACAAGCAGAUUCUCGAUUCAUUUCGAUCCUCAUUUUGGCUGACACAAAAAAGAUGGUUUGUUGCUUACGAUGAUCUUCAAUCAUCAUCUUCCCUUUUUACGGUACCUCGUUUUGCACCAAAGAAUAUUAUUUAUUUACUGAAUUAUGAUACACCAUCGUGUACAUCAUCGGAUCUAUGUCUUGAUCAAUAUGUUGAUAUUCUCAAUUUACCAACGCUUCGUCCAUUGAUGCAUCAUUUCAUUAAUGUAACAUCGCUAAUACUUCAAACAGACAAAGAUCUUUGUUUGGAUAGAAUUUUACCAUACUUAGCACUGCCUCAACUGAAAUCCUUUUCAUUAGUCAAUACAUCGUUACUUACUCAACUAUCGACAGAAACAAGAUUUGAAUCGAUACGUUCGUUGACAAUAGAUACAUUGGAGAUAAAAUUUCAUGCUGAACAAAUAUGUAUCGUAUUUCCACGAAUCGAACGUUUAAAAAUCGGAAUCAGUGAUCAAGAAACAAUGUUGUUGUUGAUUGAUAGAUUGAAACAUUUGUCAUUGGUCACAUUUGUCUAUCCUCAACCAUCGAUGUUCACGAAUAUAACAUAUGAAUGGUUUGUUGAAAAUUCUUCACGAUUUAAAGAAAACAAAAACUUUACAUGUAAUAUCAAUAAAGUUGAAAUACACUUGUGGAUAAGUGUUGAAGAAUGA